AUGGAUGAAAUACCAUACAUAAUAUGGGACGUCUCAAAAAUUUUGGGACGUCGAAAAUGUACACGGACUCAUAUCUCCAACGAUUUAGGAUCAUGUAAACCCACCGAUUAUUAUAAAUUCACUACAAAUAAUAGUAUUUUCGGUGUAAUACCUUACAUGGCACCCGAAGUAUUAAGAGGAAACCCUUAUACUCAUGCGAGUGAUAUUUAUAGUUUUUCUAUGAUAAUGUGGGAAAUUAUAACAGGACUUCCACCAUUUUAUGAUAAAGCACAUGACUUUGAACUUUGCUUGAAUAUUUGUUUAGGUGAACGCCCUAAAAUCCCCCAAAAUUUUCCAAAUAGUUAUAUCGAUUUAAUGAAAAGGUGUUGGGACUCCAAUCCAUCAAUCAGGCCAACUGCAGAAGAAGUUAGAAUUAUUAUUAAUAAUUUUGAUAUAAAUGAAUUUAUGAAAGCUGAGAAAGAUUGUACUGUAUCAACAAAGAAAAUUUCUGUAUGUCGCAAACUUUAA